CUGGGUGUGAUUAGUUUAGCCUGGCUGGCUUCUCUCUCUUGGCAUUGCCCAUCAUUUGUGCUCAUUCUGGGCCUUAUAGCUCUUAUAUUUGGCACUUAAAAAGUAAAAUUCACAUUCUUAGAAAAUGGCUGAUGAGGAAUUGGAGGCUAUCAGGCGGCAGCGAAUGGCAGAACUGCAGGCAAAACAUGGGAACUCCUCCAGUGAUCAAGGACAGCAGGAAGCCAAGCAGAGAGAAACGGAUAUGAGGAACACCAUACUGGCUCAGGUGUUGGAUCAGUCGGCCCGCGCCAGAUUGAGUAACCUGGCACUGGUCAAGCCGGACAAAGCGAAAGCCGUGGAGAAUUAUCUGAUACAGAUGGCUCAGUUCGGUCAGCUCGGGGGGAAGAUCUCAGAGUCGGGGUUAAUAGACAUCCUGGAAAAAGUCAGUCAACAAACAGAGAAGAAAACAACGGUCAAGUUUAACAGGCGGCGAGUGAUGGACUCGGAUGAAGACGACGAUUAUUAACGAGACUGUCCGCUCCCGUCGGCGUGCUGGUGAGACACGAGCGAGACGCGAGCGUGAGACGCUACCCCGGAUCUCGACAAGCACCAGCAUCUGACCGAAGGGCCCCAUCUGUGGAGAGCAUCCUGGGGUGGGGGAAAGACUUCUGUCCCUUCAGGCACACAAGAACCUCUCAAGUUGUUUCCCAUGUUGUUUCUAUUCUAUCACACGCUUUCACACAAAAAAAAACAAUUUACAGCAUAAUUUCUAUAGACUGCUCUGGGAAUAUUGUUUUUUCUUCAUCAAAAUUUGUGGAUCCCUUGUUUAACUGUUUACACAAUAAUAAAAAAAAAGCCUUAUCUACAA